CGGGGUGUUUCAACAGGAAGGCGGACAUGUUGGCCAGGCAGUGGGAGAAAAUCGGGCACCCAGGUCUUUUUUGUAUUUUUUUUUUUUUUUUUUUUUUUUUGAAACAAGCAUCGAUUAAAGCCUGAUUUAUGCGUAUUGCAACAGCCUCGUGGAUUACAUGCUCGUUGGGGGAUUUAAAGCCGGCCUGCGGACCAGGAGAGAUUAAUCGCAGAAGGAUUUACCAAAGCUCGUUUUAACCAGGAUCGUGUUUUAACUAAUUUUCUUUUUUUUUUCGCUUACUUUGCAGCUGUCAGACUCGUUUGGCCUGGCAUUCGUUUAUAUGGACACGGGCCUGGAGAAACGAACUUAAUGUGCCCGCAUACUAACUUUGCAACACUUAUUUUAUCACUUACUUGUGCGCAAAUGUGAUCAACUUGUGUGUGUUUUUUAAGUAGUCUGAUCCCCUCAUUCCUCCUGAAGCUAAGUUAGUUUAGCGCAGUAUAAUCUGUUGCUGCUACCUUUUUGUUUGUUUGCUUGCCAAGUUGUCAUGGACUAAUCCGGACGCCUCGUCUUGUUGUUGUUUUGUAUUUUCCUGAAAAUGUGGCUUUUUAUCAGCUCUCGGUCUUUUAUACGUGUCAGCGAGAGUGAUAACAAGGCUGUAAGACACAAAGUGUUGCUUUGAUCAAACUAGUGUUUAUUGCUUUGUGAGGGCAGAGGAAGUUAUUGAGCUAACCCGCUAAUCUUAGCCGGAUAAACUCAUAUCUCUUGAAUUAAACGCAUCCGACCAGUAAUCAACAUGUCUGCUGGAGAAAGUUUGACAGCUCGUUUCGAGAAGAUCGAUGCCAUGCUGAAGGAUCCCAAAUCAGAGGUCAACACAGACUGUCUGUUGGACAGUUUGGAUGCUCUGGUCUACGACCUUGAUUUUCCAGCCUUGAGGAAAAACAAAAGCAUUGAUAACUUCUUAAAUAGAUAUAAGGACACAAUCAGCAAAAUACGAGAGCUUCGUAUGAAAGCAGUGGACUAUGAAGUGGUUAAGGUCAUAGGCAGAGGGGCAUUUGGAGAAGUACAACUGGUGAGGCACAAAGCCACGAGGAAAGUGUACGCCAUGAAGCUGCUCAGCAAGUUUGAGAUGAUCAAGAGGUCGGACUCUGCUUUCUUCUGGGAAGAGAGGGAUAUUAUGGCCUUUGCCAACAGUGACUGGGUAGUACAGCUGUUUUAUGCAUUCCAAGAUAACAGCUACCUCUACAUGGUGAUGGAGUACAUGCCGGGUGGAGACCUGGUAAACCUAAUGAGCAACUAUGAUGUGCCUGAGAAGUGGGCACGUUUCUACGCUGCUGAAGUGGUGCUAGCGUUGGACGGCAUCCACUCCAUGGGCUUCAUUCAUAGGGACGUGAAGCCUGACAACAUGUUGCUAGACAAAACAGGCCACUUGAAGCUGGCUGACUUUGGGACCUGCAUGAAAAUGAACAAGGACGGUAUGGUACAGUGUGACACAGCUGUAGGAACUCCAGACUACAUUUCUCCAGAGGUACUGAAGUCACAAGGAGGAGACGGCUACUAUGGCCGAGAGUGUGACUGGUGGUCUGUGGGGGUCUUCCUGUAUGAGAUGCUAGUUGGUGACACACCGUUCUAUGCCGACUCGCUGGUGGGCACCUACAGCAAGAUUAUGAACCACAAAAAUGCCCUGACCUUCCCUGAUGACAGCAACAUCUCCAAGGAUGCAAAGAACCUCAUCUGUGCUUUCCUCACAGACAGGGAGGUGAGGUUAGGGCGCAAUGGAGUGGACGAAAUCAAGCGGCAUCCUUUUUUCAAGAACGACCAGUGGGCGUGGGAGAACAUCAGAGAGACUGCUGCCCCAGUGGUGCCAGAGUUGAGUAGUGACAUAGACACAAGUAACUUUGAUGACAUCGAGGAGGAUCGAGGCGAGGAGGAAACGUUCCCCAUUCCUAAAGCUUUUGUGGGCAACCAGCUUCCGUUUGUGGGCUUCACCUACUACAGCAAUAACCAGUUUCCUCGGGAUUCAACCACAAAGACAAGUGACAAACGCUGCUCGACUAAAGAGGAUAAGAGUCAUCUGGAGAAUCUUCAGAAGAGGAUCUAUCAGCUAGAAGAACAACUUCACAGUGAAAUGCAGCUUAGAGACGAGAUGGAGCAAAAGUGCAGGACAUCCAGCACAAAACUAGACAAGAUAAUGAAAGAGUUGGACGAGGAGACUAGCCUGAGGAAGAGUGUGGAGGCUAACAUGUCUUUAUUGGAGAAAGACAAGAUCAUGAUCCAGCACAGAGCAACAGAACACCAGAGGAAAGCUGACCAGGAGGCCGAAAAACGGCGAAAUAUGGAGAAUGAAGUGUCAACUUUAAAAGAGCAGCUGGAAGACUUGAGGAAGAUCAGCCAAAACAAUGACAAGAUGGCCCAGCUCCAGAACCAACUGGGGGAAGCCAACGAUCUUCUGCGGGCUGAGUCGGACACGGUGGCACGUUUGCGGAAGAUUCACACAGAGAUGGUGAAGUCCAUGAGUCAGCUGGAGGGAGUGAACCGCGAGCUGCAGGAGAAGAGCCGCGCCGCAGAGAGCGCCAAACAACAACUGGAGAAAGAGCUGCUGCAGCUGCAGACCACACUGGACACUGAGAGACGCACCUGCAGCCAGGGCUCCGAGGAGAUCCGAGAGCUGCAAGCUCGUAUCACAGUUCUGCAGGAGGACAACAAGAACUUGAAGCAGAGUCUUUCUAAAGGGGAACUGGAGAGGAAACAAGUCCAGGAGAGAUGUAACGCCCUUGAGAAGGAGAAGAACAGUCUGGAAAUCGACCUGAACUACAAGCUGAAGACCCUGCAGCAGCGUCUAGACCAGGAACUGACUGAGCAUCGCGUCACCAGAGCUCAGCUCACAGACAAAUACGAGUCCAUCGAGGAGGCCAAGUCAGCUACUAUGCAUGCGGUGGAGCAGAAGGUGUCUGAGGAGACCACUCUACGGAUGCGGGCGGAGAGCCGGGUGGUGGAGGUGGAGAAGCAGUGCUCCAUGCUGGAGUUUGACCUCAAACAGUCUGUGCAGAAGAUGGAGCAGCUGAUGAAGCAGAAGGAGAGAUUGGAGGAUGAGGUGAAAGCAUUGCGGGUGCAGUUGGAGCAGGAGUCUGGGAAACGAGCUCUGGCCCAGAACGAGCUUAAGAGCUGGACGAUGGAGGCCGAUCGGCUGAAGGGAUCAGAGAAACAGCUGAAGCAGGAGAUCAACGCCGCCCUCGAGAACAAGCGCUCACUCGAGUUCCAGCUCGCACAGCUAACAAAGCAGUACAGAGGGAAUGAAGGUCAGAUGAGGGAACUUCAGGACCAGCUGGAGGCUGAGCAGUAUUUCUCAACACUCUAUAAAACUCAGGUGAAAGAGCUGAAAGAGGAGAUCGAGGAGAGGAACCGACAGGUCCAGGAGACUCAUAGAAAAGUCCAGGAGCUCCAUUUUGAGAAGGAGUCGCUCUCUGCUCAGUUGGACCUCACCGUGACGAAGGCAGAGUCGGAGCAGUUGGCCCGGGCGCUACAGGAGGAACAGUAUUUUGAGCUCUCUCAGGAGAACAAGAAAGCUGCCGCCCGCUACAAACAAGAGAUCUCGGACAAGGACUCAACCGUCACUCGGCUUGAGGAGUCCAAUAAAACCCUUACCAAAGACGUGGAGAUCCUCACCAAGGAGAAGACAGAGUUGAGUGAGAAACUCCGAGCUCAACAAGAAGAGUUUGCAGCAGAGAAGGAGGAUGUGGCAAACGCGAUCAAGGCGAACUAUGAGAAGGCUCUUAGCAACGAAAGAACUCUGAAGACCCAGGCGGUGAAUAAGCUGGCAGAGAUCAUGAACCGAAAGGACAUGAAGCUGGACCAGAAGAAGAGAGGCAGCACCACGGACCUGCGUAGGAAAGAGAAGGAGAAUCGCAAACUGCAGCUGGAGCUCAACCAGGAGAAGGAGAAGUUCAAUCACAUGGCCAUCAAGUACCAGAAGGAGCUCAGCGAGAUGCAAGCGCAAUUGUCAGAGGAGUGCACGUAUCGCAACGAGCUGCAGAUGCAGUUAGACAGUAAAGAGAGUGACAUCGAGCAACUUCGCGAGAAACUUAACGAUUUGCAGCUCCGCAUGGACAGCUCCAGCGUAACCAGCCUGCAGACAGAUGAGAUGGACAGUAACAUCGCUGAAUCAAGGCUUGAAGGUUGGCUCUCAAUACCAAAUAAGCCCAAUAUUAAAAGAUAUGGCUGGAAGAAGCAGUAUGUUGUGGUGAGCAGUAAGAAAAUCCUGUUUUACAAUGAUGAGCAAGAUAAGGAGCAGUCCAACCCCUCUAUGGUACUAGAUAUUGACAAACUAUUCCACGUACGUCCUGUAACACAAGGCGACGUGUAUCGAGCCGAGACGGAUGAAAUUCCCAGAAUAUUCCAGAUCCUUUAUGCCAAUGAAGGUGAGUGUAGGAAGGAAGCUGACAUGGAGAGUGUUCCUCAGGGUGAUAAAGCCAACUGUUUGCCCCACAAAGGCCACGAGUUCAUCCCGACUCUCUACCAUUUCCCUUCUAACUGUGAGGCUUGCUCCAAACCGCUGUGGCAUGUGUUCAAGCCCCCGCCAGCCCUGGAAUGCCGCCGAUGCCACGUCAAGUGCCACAAAGACCAUCUGGACAAGAAGGAGGAUGUUAUAGCCCCUUGCAAAGUGAAUUACGAUGUGACGUCAGCUCGAGACAUGCUGCUUCUGGCUUUGUCUCAAGAUGAGCAGAAGAAAUGGAUCGGACAUCUCGGCAAAAAGAUCCCCAAGACUCCUCCUUCAACCUUCUCAAGAGCAUCUCCCCGCACCAUGUCGACUCGCUCCGUAGCAAACCAGUCUUUCCGCAAGAACCCCAAAAACAUCCCAGGCAAGCCAAGCUAACCAUCUCAACCAUUGGAUUGAAUUGGGACUUUGUACUUUCCUCUCAGAAAAAAACAAAACAAACACAUUAUCAGCCUUAAAAAAAAAAAAAUAAAAAAAAUAAAAUAUAGUAAAACAAAUAUUGUAAACAAAACUUGGAAUUAACCUUAAAGUUACAUUUCACAACUGUAUUAAACAAAGCAGACAGUAAUUGGUGCUGAAAUUCAGGAUUCACCCAUCACGAGGCAUCAUGGACAUUUUAAGGCCUCCUUUUCUGCCCUGUCCUCUCCGUAACACUGAGAUUUCCUCAUCUUCCAUCUGUUCCACACCAUGACUUCCCAGAGGAAUGCUUGGACAUCUUUUCACAACUUGGGAAGGAAACUAUAAGCUGUUCACAAGCCCAUGUCUCUCUGUUUGGACUCAGAACCUCUGGGAUUGGGACCAUAGCUUGAUUACAUGGUGAAAGGGUACAUUUUGGGGAAUUAACUAGGAAAUCUUUGGGGACAAUUAUUCUGAUUUGCAAAGUAUUUCUACUUAAUUCAACAUUGAUGCCUUCCUCUGAUGGAUUCUGGUUGCCUUAUUCUCACCCUCAAAGUCUGAAUGGAAAAUGAAUCUGGUUGGGGCAAAGUAUUGGGUACUGAGAGUUUUGAGGGGUUUUCUUUUCAAAGAGCAUGCAAGAUAAUUACAGUCUAUGCAUAAUAUUAUCACAUUUUUCAUUAUUAUUGUUUUUGGACGAUUUGAGCCACAGGAAUAACAUCAUAGUGGCUUCAGGAGAUAUAAAAUAUCAUAGAAACCAUUGAUAUUUUUUUUUUUUUCAUAUGUGUUCAUUGGGUACAUUGCUUCUGUAAUAUUUUUUUGUUUAUUUUUUUGUAAUGUAUUGCCUUACAUUUGAUUAAUAGAUAAAUGGUUCAAAAAGGAAAACAUUAAGUUAACAAAUGUAAAACUGCACUGUUUGAAUUGUAAGUUAUUUUUAGAAGACUAAACAGGUGUAGCAUUUGGCUCACCUAGUGCCUUUUGGAUAACGAUUUUACUGCCAUAUCUGUUUGUGUUCCUCUCCAAAACAAGACAAAUUUUAACUCAAAUCAUCCUUUGAAAACAUAAAAGAAACAUAUCACCCAUGUUGUGAUUUUAUCAGAACUGUCCACUCUAUCGCUUUUAUUAAACGUUGUCAACCAAAGUUGAGGAGUUAAUUAUUAAGCAUUCUGCAUGAUGCACCAUGAUGAAGUCAAAAUGUCCUGUUGUUUUCUAAUAUCAGAAUAUGUAAAAAGCAGUUAACUUCCCCACUUUCCCCUUCAAAUCGUCUCCUUCAGUGUACAUAAAUGAAACGAGAUCAUGAAUACCUCCUGAAUUAUCCAACAUGGUUUUUACAUAUGUGUUCAGUAAAUUAAGCACUGGAACUAUGAUCUGUUUUGUCUUGCAUGUUAAAUUGCAUUGGAGGCCGCACUGAUGGAUAUGUGUCAAUAAACAUAUCUUUAUCUAUCACCGAA